GAAAAUGGAAAAUGGAAAAUGGAAAGAAAGGUGCUUCGCCGCACGCAUGAUUGGGGUUGGGGAAGAACAAUCAUGGCAGAUUUCGAGAAAUUGAAAUGGAGAUUGGUGCGCACCGCACCACUACAGCUGAAAACGAAAGCGCCAUAUAUACAUACAUACAUACCUACAUACAAACAAACAAUUCGUGCCUGCCAAAUCGACAAUGAAGCACGCACAGUAGCCCCACCUCCACCUCCACCGCCAUCAUUGCCUUCGAAGAAUUCUCUCCCACCUCCACCCACCACUUCUCACUCCAAUUUCUUUCACAUUCACCUCAUCUCUCAUUUUCCCUAAUUUCCCUAUUUUUAAUUUUUUUUUUCAAUUUUUUAUUUCAGCGAUUCAAUUUGAUUUGAUUUCAGCUAUUCGAUUUGAUUUGCUUCUCCUUCGCCUCUGCAGGUGCGGUUUGGUUCUCAUCCAGCGGCUCUCUUCUUCUUCUCGCCAUGGGGAAUUGCUGGUGUGGGUGGGGAACUUCGAUUUGCAAAGUUUCCUCCACUGCUAAGCCUUCAGCAGCAGAAUCUGUGAAGGGCUUAAGCUCGGCGGCGGCCGAGCGAAAGGCCGGAGGAAAGUUACCCUCGAAUCCCAAGGAAGUCGAAGACCUCCGCCGCUCUACGGCUGCUAAUCCGUUGAUCGUCUUUAAUUUCAACGAAUUGAAGAACAUUACUGAAAAUUUUAGGCAGGACUACAUGUUAGGCGGAGGGGGAUUUGGAAAUGUAUACAAAGGUUAUAUUUCUGAAGAUCUUCGAGAGGGACUUAAGCCGAUCCCCGUUGCUGUUAAGGUUCAUGAUGGCGAUAAUAGUUAUCAAGGUCAUCGGGAGUGGCUGGCCGAAGUUAUCUUUUUGGGGCAGCUCUCGCAUCCAAAUUUAGUGAAGCUGAUUGGAUAUUGCUGUGAAGACGAGCAUCGUGUUUUGAUAUAUGAGUACAUGGCUCGGGGUAGCGUUGAAAACAAUCUUUUCUCAAGAGUAUUGCUUCCUUUAGCAUGGUCUACGAGAAUGAAGAUAGCAUUCGGCGCAGCAAAAGGACUUGCUUUUCUCCACGAAGCAGAGAAGCCCGUCAUCUACCGUGAUUUUAAGACAUCCAACAUUUUAUUGGAUCAGGACUAUAAUGCAAAGCUCUCAGAUUUUGGCCUCGCAAAAGACGGGCCAGAAGGUGACAAAUCCCAUGUUUCUACUCGAAUUAUGGGAACCUAUGGCUACGCAGCACCGGAAUAUAUAAUGACAGGUCACCUGACUCCGAGGAGCGACGUUUACAGCUUCGGAGUUGUUCUGCUCGAGCUUCUUACAGGGAGAAAAUCGUUAGACAAAUCGAGACCAGCUCGCGAACAGAAUCUUACAGAUUGGGCUGUCCCAUUGCUAAGAGAAAAGAAGAGAUUGCUCAACAUUGUGGAUCCGAGACUUGAAGGGGAUUAUCCGGUGAAGGGCUUCCACAAAGCAGCCAUGCUCGCGUAUCAUUGUCUGAAUCGCAAUCCAAAAGCGCGGCCUUUGAUGCGCGACAUUGUCGAUUCCUUGGAGCCUCUCCAAGUGGCCCCUUGUGAUGACAAGCUCUCGACUUUCACGGUCUCUAGCGACAACUCCAAAUGAGGACAUCCUAUGAAAAUAUGCCGAGUAAUAAUUCUUCUUCUCGUGUCCUAAAUUCGAUAGUUUUAAUGUUGCGCGCAUUUUUCUACUUUUUUCUUUUUUUUUUUGGUCGUUGUUUUGGGGUAGGUUGUGUAUAUCAAAUGCUCGCGAGUAGCGACUACUACUACUGCUAAUACGAAAAGGGUUGCAAAUUUUUUGGUAUUCAUUGCUCGUUCGAGGGAUUGAUGUAUAUGAGUACAUUGCUAUCCUUGCUCGAAAAUCUUUUGAAGAAAAUUAUCGAAACAAUUAUGGUUA